AUGGCAUCUAAAUUAUUACAAAAUCAGUUCAAAAAGAUACAAUCUGAACCUAUUGAAGGUGUUUGUUUUGAACUUGUAAAUGAAAAUCUAUUUGAAUGGAAAGCUUAUGUCGAAGGACCACCUGAAACUGAUUAUGAGGGAGGUAUAUUUCAAAUUUCCAUGAAAUUUCCAAACGAUUACCCAAUGAGUCCACCUACCUUAGUAUUUCUAUCAGAGUUUUGGCAUCCAAAUGUUUAUACUGAUGGAAAAGUUUGUAUAUCAAUUUUACACCCUCCCGGUGAGGAUGAAACAAGUGGAGAGUUACCAGAGGAAAGAUGGUUACCAACUCAAACUGUUACCACAAUUAUACUCAGUGUAAUAUCAUUACUAAGUGCACCGAAUACAUCGUCACCCGCCAAUGUAGAUGCAUCGGUAGAGUGGAGGAACGAACGCGAAGCCUACAAAAAGCGUAUCAAAGCGCUCAUUGCAAAGGCCAACCAGAAAGUACCGUCACACAUUAAAAUACCACAUCCAGACUCUGAUCCAAUGGAGCGUGCCAAACAGGUCGAGAAGAUGAAACUACUCAACAAACCGAUGGACUUUUUCGAUGACUAUGACGAUGCUGGCUAUGAUGACGACGAAGAUGAUGGUGAUUAUGAUUACGAAGAGGACGAAGUCGAUUAUAACUCUGAUAAUGAUGAUGAAGGAAUCGAUAAUGAUGAUGAUUAA